ACAACUUGUCCUGGCUGAUUUAGGGGAUUGUGGGCAUUAUAUAAGACUGAAGCCUGUCCACUCUUACCUGCAGACCUGCUCCGUAUCUACUAAACAACAUGCUUCCUCUUCCGUGACUCGUUCAGACACAAACACUGCAGCAAUGCCUCCUCCUGGUGCAUGCCUGAACAUUAUGGAGGCUCGUCACAAGCAGAAGGGAUAUGGGAGCAUCUCCAACCCUGAGAAGUUCUUUAACCAAGACUUCAAGAACCUGAAACAGUACUGUCUAACCAAAGGAGUAAGGUACAUCGAUGACAUGUUCCCCCCUGAUGCAAAGUCUGUUGGCCAGGGGAUACUGAUGCCCUCCGACCUGGCCCAAGUGAAGUGGCUAAGACCUGCGCAAAUUGCUCCCGAUGCUGAAUUUGUGGUUGAUGGCGUCUCCAGAUUUGACUUUGGUCAAGGUGUACUUGGAAACUGCUGGUUUCUUGCAUCAAUCGGCGCACUGACUUUCCAGAAUCACAUCUUUAAUCAAGUUGUUCCACUCGACCAAAAAAUCAAAGAGAACUACUGUGGCAUUUUUCACUUCAGGUUCUGGAGAUUCGGGCGGUGGGUGGACGUUGUCAUUGAUGACAAGUUGCCGACGAUCAAUGGCAGACUAAUCUUUGUUCACUCCACAGAUCCAAAUGAGUUCUGGCCUGCUCUGCUUGAGAAAGCUUAUGCCAAGGUUUGUGGUUCCUACACCGACAUGACUUCUGGAACUCCUUCAGAGGCUAUGAUGGAUUUCACCGGUGGCGUCCACAUGUGCGUCCAGCUGUCGGACGCCAGUUCAGAUGUGUGGGGGCUGAUAUGCAGAGCUGGCAAAUCCAACACAUUGAUGGGCUGUGGUACACCUCAAGGGGAAACAUCUACUAACACAGUUUUGCCAAAUGGACUGGUCCAAGGGCACGCCUACACUGUAACAGGGGUUAAAGAGCUUAUUAGCCAAGGAAAAGUUGUGAAGCUGAUCCGUUUGUGGAACCCCUGGGGCAAAGGAGAGUGGGAAGGAGACUGGAGUGAUUGGUCCCCCAUGUGGAACACUGUGAGUUCUCAAGACCGCCAAAAGUGCCUUUCAGUGGCUGAUGAUGGAGAGUUUUGGAUGGCAUUUGAAGAUUUCUGUAAGUUCUACACAGAUCUUGACAUCUGUGGCCUGAAACCAGACUUCAUAGAUGGAAAAUCCUCUGCUCAGUGGAAGACCUCUGUGUACGAGGGUCGGUGGGUUGCUGGAACUACUGCUGGAGGCUGCAUAAAUAACAGAGACACUUUCUGGACAAAUCCACAGUAUCGAAUUAAGGUCGUAGGUGAAAACUCAGAGACCAAUGGGGAGAAAAACAUCCUAGUGUCUCUCAUGCAAAAGCCUGACAAGAGGAACAGACGCCUGGUGCAGAACCUCCACAUUGGUUUUUCUGUAUAUUUAGUGACCAAAGAAUUUCAGUACAAAACGCAAAGUGGGAAGUUUCCAGCAAUGUUCUUCAACACCCAUCUGCCUGUUGCUCGGAGUGAUAAAUACAUGAAUGCCCGUGAGGUGAUAGAGUUCCUUAUGCUGAAGCCUGGUGAAUACCUGAUUGUGCCAUCCACCUUCAAACCCAACGAGACAGCCUCCUUCAUCCUCACCAUCCACUCAAGAGAAGAGACGUGUUGCUAUGAGAAUUCAAAUUCAAAUGAGCAAAGAUAUGAGCCAGUUGAAAAGGUCACAAAAGUAAAAAACCAUCAGGAUGAAGAAAACAAGAAAACAUUCUUCCGUCAAUACUCUGACAAGUAUGAAGAAGUGGAUGCUGAGCAGCUCCAGAGGCUUCUAAAUGAAAACAUCCUGAAAGGAGAAAUGAAAUCUGGAGGGUUCAGCCUUGAUGCCUGUCGCAGCAUGGUGGCUCUAAUGGAUACAUCGAUCACAGGCAAACUAAACAGUGAGGAAUUCGUCCGUCUGUGGAACAAGGUCACCAAGUACAAGGAGACUUUCUUCCUCACCGACGUUUCAAAAACAGGAACGCUGUCACUGAGUGAGCUGAGGAAUGCAUUUGUAGCUUCAGGAAUGAAGGUUUCAGAUGACAUGCUCAGUCUGAUGGCUCUGCGCUAUGGCGCCUCCUCUGGACACAUGGCACUGGAGUGCUUCAUCAAUCUCAUGAUUCGCUUGGACUGCAUGAAGAAAAUCUUCAAACAGUUGUCUGAUGGAAAAUCCAUUCAUCUCAAGGAGUCAGAGUGGAUGUACGUUUCCAUGUACACUUAAGCCAGCUGAAAGACAGAUGCACGUUUCAUCUGGAAAACACAAGAAGAUAUUUCAAAAACUUGUUUUCUGUGAAUUAGCUAUAACACUUUAUUACUUUGAAACAACUAAACACAAUAAUGUGAAACUAUAACAAACACUAACAUUUAAAGCUGUAAACCAUAUGCCUCUCUGCAUAUUAUGUCAAUGACUGAAUAACUGCUUUUUAUUUAUAAAUAGUAUUGCAAACUUGUCAAUCUGUGUUUGAAUUAGAGAUGGCACAUACCACUUUUGUAUGUCCGAUACCGAUACCGAUAUCAUAAAUUUGGAUAUCUGCCGAUACCGA